CCAGACGCAGUUGAACUCUCCAAAAACUAAAUUAGCGAAUAGCUACGGCUCUAUCUUCUCUUUCUCAUAAACGAACAACCUCAAUAAGCUCUUUCUCUCAGAUCUCUCACGCUGCUCUCAAAUGCCAAGAAAAGGGAUGAGGAGUAUCUGCUUUCACCCGAAAACGCCGUCGUUUUCUACCUCCCCUCGCUCUUCCCCUUCAAGAGCUUCUCUCUCAACUCCUCGCCGCAGCUUCUCUGAAUCCAUCAUGGAACAAACCAUUGAAGCUGCCUCGAAUGUUAUCAUGAAAUGGAACCCUGAAACUUCCACCUUUGCCAGAGUCACCUCUCUCUUUUACGAGAAUAAGCGAGAGGCUAUGCAGUUCUUGAAGUGUGUUACUGACCUGCAAAAAGCCAUGCAUUUACUAGUCUCCGAUGGCUCCUCCCACGGUAGAAUCGUACGAGCGCAAAAUCUUAUGCAGAUUGCUAUGAAACGACUGCAAAAGGAGUUUUAUCAAAUUCUUUCCACCAAUCGGGCCUACUUAGAUCCUGAAUCUGUCUCCGCCAGAUCCUCCCGUGCUUCUACAAGAUCCAGCAUCUCCGAUUACGAUGAUGAGGGUUUUGCUGAUGAUGAAAUUCGCGCUGCAGGCGAUUCAAUCUCUGAAGUUGAACAAGUUUCCUCAAUUGCCAUGGCGGACUUAAGAUCCAUUGCUGAGUGCAUGAUCUCCUCUGGAUACGCCAAAGAGUGCGUGAAUGUUUACAAAAUUAUACGAAAGUCGAUCAUCGACGAAGGCAUUUACCGGCUGGGCGUAGAGCGAAUGAGCCCAUCGCAAAUUAAUAAGAUGGAUUGGGCCGCGCUAGAUUUGAGAAUAAAGAACUGGUUGGAGGCAGUUAAAAUCUCCUUGAGAACUCUCUUCAACGGAGAGAGAAUUCUUUGUGAUCACGUUUUCUCGAUUUCCGAUUCCAUCAGGGAGUCUUGUUUCAGUGAAAUAUCCAGAGAAGGAGCUAAUCUUCUCUUUGGAUUCCCUGAACUUGUAGCCAAGACCAAGAAAUCUCCAAUGGAGAAAAUGUUUCGGGUGCUCGAUAUGUACACUGCAAUAUCUGAAAACUGGGUGGAGAUUGAAUCCAUCUUCUCUUUUGAGUCAACUUCCACAGUCCGAUCACAGGCUCUCAAUUCACUAGUUCGACUCAGUGAUUCCGUUCUUACAAUGCUCACUGAUUUCGAGUCGAGUAUCCAGAAGGACUCGUCCAAGACUCCAGUUCCAGGCGGUGACGUGCAUCCUCUAACAUUUCAUUCGAUUAAUUACCUGACUAUACUCGGCGAUUACGGCAGUAUCCUCUCUGAUAUUAUCUCUGACUGGCCUCCACUGGCAAAAUCAUCUCUACCUAAAUCAUACUUCGACAGUCCAGAGUCUGAUGAUACUCCAGCACCGCCGAUAUCGGUUCGAUUCGCUUGGCUAAUUCUGGUUCUUCUAUGCAAGCUCGACGGCAAAGCAAAGCAUUACAAAGAUGUAUCUCUCUCGUAUCUCUUCUUAGCCAACAAUCUACAAUACGUAAUAUCUAAAGUUCAGACGUCAAAUCUCCAGUAUUUACUCGGCGAAGAGUGGAUUACAAAGCAUGAAGCUAAAGUGAGACAAUUUGCGGCGAAUUACGAGAGGCUAGCGUGGGGUCAGGUGUUCGCGUCAUUGCCGGAGAAUACAUCGGCCUCCAUCUCGCCGGAGGAAGCCAGGGAGAGUUUAAAACGAUUUAAUUCCAGUUUCGAAGCAGCAUAUAGAAAGCAGAGUUCUUGUAUCGUAUCGGACCCGAAACUCCGAGACGAGGUGAAGGUUUCGAUAGCGAGAAAGCUAACGCCGGUUUACCGGGAGUUUUAUGGCAAAGUAAUGGUUACGGUGGAGGGAAAGAGGAAUAUAAGGAUAUUUGUCCGAUAUGCCCCUGAAGAUUUAGAGACUUACCUGUCGAAUUUGUUUUUUGGGACGAUUGACAUGGGGAUCUCAUCGUCAUCUCCUUCUACACCGUCGUCGUCGACGUCUUCUCAUCGGCCGCGAUCGCGCUUGUCGAGUUGAUUUUUUGAAAAUUUUUAAAGCGCAAGGGUAUAUUUGCAAAAUUUUGACCGUAUAUAUUACAUGUGCGGCUUUAUACGUGAAUAAAUACAAAUACAAUGAUAGAUACACUUUUGUACUCAAAUGAUGCUAGCAUGAAUUGCAUUUGCAUUUAAUUGAUUUA